GCCACGGGGCGCGAGGCACGCUGGGGCCGGCGCGCGGGUUGCCGGGAACGGGGCGGAGCGCGGCCGCGCCGGCGCGUCGAGGGGGAGAGGCAGCCGCCGCGAUGGACGUGUUCCUCAUGAUCCGGCGCCACAAGACUACCAUCUUCACGGACGCCAAGGAGUCGAGCACAGUGUUCGAGCUGAAGCGCAUCGUCGAGGGCAUCCUCAAGCGGCCGCCGGACGAGCAGCGGCUGUACAAGGACGACCAGCUUCUGGACGACACCAAGACAUUGGGCGAGUGUGGCUUCACCAGCCAGACAGCACGGCCUCAGGCCCCAGCCACUGUGGGGCUAGCCUUCAGGGCAGAUGAAGCAUUUGAAGCCCUGCGCAUCGAACCCUUCUCCAGCCCACCUGAGCUGCCGGAUGUGAUGAAGCCGCAGGACUCAGGAAGCAGUGCCAAUGAACAAGCUGUGCAGUGAGAGGCCUCUCCCCCAACUGCCCCACCCCCCCAAUAAAAGAGAUUUGGGU